CCAUUUUCAACGUCGAUGGUUGACACCAACGGUUUGUCCUGGAAAACCUAACAAAAUGGUGCCUAGACGUUACUUCGUUGCAGUGGUGCUGAGCUGCCUGCUCUCCUGCAACGCUGGAUUUGGCGAUCUAGAAAUCGGCGGACAUGAUUUCGAACUCCCUCCGCCCGUCGGCAUUGUGUGCGAUGAGUUAGCUGAAGCCAUCGAAGAAGCCAAAGUUGUCUUGUACUAUACACUCCACAUCGACUUCGACUGUCCCACCGCUCCCCCAUCGCCCUCAACAACGGCACCCCCUCCACCGCCGACUACCCAGCCCCCACCACCGCCGACUACCCAGCCCCCACCACCGCCGACCACCCAGCCCCCUCCACCGCCGACUACCCAGCCCCCUCCAACGCCGACUACCCAGCCCCCUCCACCGCCGACUACCCAGCCCCCUCCACCACCGACCACCCAGCCCCCACCACCACCGACCACCACGGAGAUCAUCGACAGUUCCUUCAGCUCUCUGUCAUCCUUCCAGCCCGAUGGGCCGCUCUCCGUGGCCUCUGACAACGACGGGGAGUUCAUUGGAGGCGGGGACGAGUGUUUCACUCGGCCGGACGCGGCAGACUACCGCGGUGUGGUCAGCCAGACCUGCAGCGGCAAGACCUGUCGUAGAUGGGACUCUGAGGGAGUCGAUCCAUUCUACAGUGAAUUGUUCGGCGACGACGCCAACUACUGCCGUAACACGGCCGAGCGAAGCACCGACGGUGGGAAGCGUUGGACGGCGUGGUGCUACGUCGACGGUCCGGCGGGUUCCUGGGAGUAUUGCGACGUGGGAGAGUUCCAAGACAAGUGCGAACCUGACCACAGUCCUGACGAUGUGGGAGAAUACGUUUGUGACGGCACGAAUCCCGAGUGUUACGAGGACCGCUUCGGCUCGGACUACCUGGGUCAUGUAAGCGUGACGGUCAACGGUCGAACCUGCCAGAUGUGGAACAUUGACUACCCACACAAACGCAAAAACAAAUACAAGCCGUCUAGCGACUCACUGCGAUUCGGUGACCACAACUACUGCCGGAACAGCGGAUAUCAGAAGGAUGGCCAACAGAUAUCCAAUCGGCGUCAACCCUGGUGCUAUACCACCGAUCCCGACGUGCUUUGGGAGUACUGCGAUGUGGGUCUUCCGUGCGACACGUGCCAAGGAAGAGACUUCGAUGAGAACGAAGAAACCCUGUACGAGGGUUCGUACCCAGAAUGCUACCUCCGGAAUGAUGCAAGUGACUACCGUGGAUUCGUGAACCAUACUCGCUCAGGUCUACCGUGCCAACGUUGGCUUCAGCAGUUUCCUCAUCCCGUUGCCAAGGGCAACGUGAUGCUGUUCGGUCACCAUGACAACUACUGCCGCAUCCGCCGACACGCCUAUCGCAAGGGCAAGAAGCCAUUCUGUUUCACCACGGACCCGGAGGUGGAGUGGGAAUACUGCGAGGUGGGUGAUCGGCACGAGGUCUGCAUCAACGAGCAUCUUAAACCGGUCGCGCCGUACGUUGGGUACCGACCGGAGUGCUACAUGGAGAAGGACGGGCAAGACUACCGUGGUUUCAUCUCCACCACGGUGUCUGGAAUCACCUGCGAGUUCUGGAGAGACAGACCCAACAACAAGAAGUACUACAAAGCCUUCAAAGAGGAGGAGAACUACUGCCGUACUUUAGGCAUCGAGGCCGGUCCAGGCCGCGGCAAGCCAUGGUGCUUCGUUGUGGGUCAUCCCACCCAGGACUGGGAUUACUGUGACGUGGGACCGCGCUACAGACACUGCGUCGAGGAGUAUGUCUAGCCGGUAAAAGUGUAGACAAAAACUCUGCUCGAACGGAACGAUACGAAUUGGACUUCAAGGUACACUUAUUAGACCUUACUUUCUUUCUUUAAUUAUUGCUUAAGAACCUCCUUUGAAAUGAAAUAGUAUUACUUCUUUAUUAAGAAUAUGGUUGACUGGAGCAAAAUGUUCAGAGGGAUGCAAGUGGCUCUGACAUUUUAGCAGGACAUUGGAUGUAUACGACAACAAAUAUUCACGGUGUUUAAGCGCAAGAAAUGUUAUCUACAAUUUAAAAAAAGCAGGAAAUUCUGCCAUGGCAGAACUUACAUCCUUGAUGAAACCCACGAUUAUCUUUGCCAUAAUACCUAGAUUCUCAUCAAGUCUUGGGAUUACACACUUUUGGCUCGCUCCUUACAUUGUUCCAGCCUUGGAAAGAGCCUUUACUGCCCCGUGAAAGGUGUGCUUCUCUUGCGAAAUAUGGUGCAUGUCGGUACUCACUCGGUUGAAAAUUGGGCCAACUACUUUAACAGUAUCACUACUAAAUGGUAAAGUCCACAACGACCCGAAUAUGAAAUCACCUGUCAAACAUCAAGAAACCAACAAUGGCAAUAGCUUCAUUUAUAAAUAGGAGUUUAAUUAUGUCAUCGGCAAGAAAUUUGUGUACACGACUGUUAAACUUUAGUUGUGAUUUAAAAUUCAAGUUUGACUUCAAUGUAAUACUGUUUAAUCCUUUAAGUAUAGUUAUACUGAAUGUUAAUAAACAAAAUACUUACUUGGCAACCAGA